AUGGCGGGCUUCUGCACUCCUGCUGCCACUGCAGCUGCCCAUGCCACUCCAACCCCUCUGGCGAGCUCAAGGAAGCACAUCGUCAUGUGCCUCUCCCCCAAGCCAAGCGGCGGUGGCGGCGGCGGAAGCAAGACGGUGCGGCUUGCGAGUACAGGCGCAGCUCCUCAGGUGCGCGCGCUGGCGCCGGCGACCGCGGCGGAAGAAGCGGCGGGGCCCUCCCCGGUCCCUCUCAACGUGGAGUACCUGGCCGCCGAGUUCGCCGGCCACGGCGUCAGCUUCGAGCCCGUGGGCAGCAGCUGUGCCGUCAAGAUGGCGCUGCGCAACGGCAGCGUGGCGCACGUGCUGCUCCCCAGCGGGCUCGUCACGUCCUACAAGCCCGCCAUGUGGCACGGCACGGUCACGGAGGUGCUCCACACGAACGUCGCCGAGGGCCCCGGCGGGCGGGCCGUCAUCCGCGGCGGCGUGUCUGUGGACCUCCGUUGUGCUGGCGCCGACGGCGUAUGGUCGCCGAGUGCGAGCGGGGCGUGGUCGCUCCGCGACGUCCGGGGAAACCCAACCACCUCCAUCGAGAUCGAGCUCGCGUCGGCGGCGCCGGGGAACGCGGCCGCGGCGAGGUGCGUGGUGACGCUGCACCCUGAGGCGCUGGCCACGGAGCUCGCGGUGACGAACGGCGCGUCGUCGCCGAUGGCACUGACGUGCGCCGUGCCUAGCCACCUGCGCGUCAGCACCCCGGACGCCACCUACGCCCUGGGGCUCCUGGGCUCCGACUACCGCAGCGUGGAGCCCGCGCUGUCGGAGUUCAGCGUCAUCCCUCCAGACUACGGGGCCGUGCAGCAGUCCGCAGCAGGGACGACAGCCCGGCACCGGUGGGCAAACAGAGGCUUGGACAUGAUCCUCUCGGGCGGGCAGGGCCGUGGCGCGGCGGACGAGCCCGACGGCGAGGAGGACGACGACUACAAGCACAUGACGGACGCGAUGUGCCGUGUGUACAGCAACGCGCCCAAGGAAUUCACCAUCAUCGACAGGGGCAGGAGAAACUCCGUUAGCUUGCACAGGAAGGGGUUCGAGGAGCUGUACGUCUUCAGCCCGGGAUCCCAGUACCAGUGGUACGGCAAGUACGCCUACGUGGUCGUAGGGCCUGCCAUGCUGGAGCCUGUGAUGCUGGGGCCCGGAGACACGUGGCAGGGGGCUCAGUACCUGCGCAACCCCAAUCUUUAG